CCACCCUGGGCUGGGCCCGGCCGCACCUCUCCCAGCCGCACGCCUACCUCCCAGGACGCCCUGGGACCCAUGGCCGCGGUGGCAGCCCCCUGGGGGCGGCAGCGGGAAGAGGCCCGCGCGCUCGGCCGGGCGGUGAGGCUGCUGGAACGCCUGGAAGAGCACUUCGGGGACCCCCGGCUUGCCUCCAGUCCCCCCUCGAUGCGGGACCUGCUGCCCCGCACCGCGCAGCUGCUGCGCGAGGUGGCCCACGCCCGGCGGGCGGCCGACGGAGGCGGCCCCGAGGGUCCCGGCGGUGCGCGGGACUUCCUCGUCGUCUACCUUAACAACCUGGAGGCCAAGAGCAGGCAGGUGGCGGCACUGCUGGCACCCCAGGGUCGGAGGAGUGCCAAUGACGAGCUCUUCCGGGAGGGCUCCGGACUCAGGCGACAGCUGGCCAAGCUGGCCCUCAUCUUCCGCUACGUGCAUGCCGAACUGAGCGCACUCUUCCCCGGAGGAAAGUACUGUGGACACACGUACCAGCUCGCCAAGGCCCCAGCCCACAGCUUCUGGAGGGGGCACUGCGGCGCCCGUUGUGUCCUGACCUGGGCUGAGUUUGAGUCCAUCUUGUGCACCUGCCACCCGGUGGAAUCAGGCUCCACGGGCCUGGCCUUGCGCUCCACCAUCAACCUCACUGGCAGCGGCCACGUGUCCAUCUUCGAGUUUGACAUCUUUACCAGGCUCUUCCAGCCUUGGCCGACACUCCUCAAGAACUGGCAGCUCCUGGCGGUCAACCACCCGGGCUACGUGGCCUUCCUCACGUACGAUGAGGUUCAAGCGCGUCUGCAGGCCUGCAGAGACAAGCCAGGCAGCUACAUCUUCCGGCCCAGCUGCACUCACCUGGGACAAUGGGCCAUUGGAUUCGUGAACUCAGACGGCAGCAUCCUGCAGACCAUUUCUCUCAACAAGCCCCUGUUCCAGACACUCCUGGACGGACAAAGGGAAGGCUUCUUCCUCUACCCAGAUGGGAAGAACCACAACCCAGACCUGACUGAACUCUGCCAGAUGGAGCCCUAUCAGCACAUCCAUGUGUCGGAGGAGCAGCUGAAGCUGUACUGGGCCAUGGACUCCACGUUUGAGCUCUGCAAGAUCUGUACCGAGAGGGACAAGGACGUGAAAAUCAAGCCAUGUGGACACCUGCUCUGUGGCAGCUGCCUGGCUACCUGGCAGAACUUUGAAAGCCAGACGUGCCCCUUCUGCCGCGGCGAGAUCAAGGGCCAAGAGGCCGUGAGUAUCCAUCAAUUUCAAGAGAAGCCAGAGGAAGCCACGGCCGCUGCCGAGUACCUGAGGUCCAGCAGUGACCAGGAAGAUGGGGAGGAGGAGCUGGGGCAGGUGGUUUCCUCAGCCCCCCCUCAGCUGAAUGUGUCCCCAGCUACAGGCCGGCUGAAAAUGGUGAGUCGGGUGCUGGUCUGGUUCAGCUCCGGGGUCCCUCAGGGGCACCAGGUCCUGCGCUCCCCCUCGGCACCCACUGACCCGGUUCUGGGCGAUCUGGCGCCCACCACCCCUGUGCCCUCUUGUUCACUUCCUCACGCCACCCCUCGCCAGCUUUCUGGCUCUCCUUCCAGCAUCCCAGGCGUGUCUCAUCCCAGGGCCUUUGCACCAGCUGUCCCCUCUGCCCGGGCCUCCUGUCCCCCAGGCUUGCUCUCUCUCGUCUCCUCCCCAGGGCGGCCUUCCCCGAUCACCCCCAUUUUAUUGAAAAAAAGCACCCCCACCCCCUGCCGAUUUUCAUAGUUCUUUCCACCACCUGGCAGAAGCGUAUAAUUUUCUGUCACCGUCAGCCGGUUGCCACCCUCCCGAAGGUUAGGACUUCGUCUUCUCCAUUGGAUCUCCAGAGUCUAGAACAGUGCCUGGCACAUAGUAGGUGCUCAGUAAAUAGGCUUUCAAGGAGCCCAGGAACAGAGCCUUCCCAACAGCCCUGUGAAGUAAACAAAAAAUGAAAGAAAUGCUCCCCUCCUCAUUUUCCAGAGGAGAAAAAGCUCAGAGAGGUGACUGUACCUGUCAAAGUUUCACAGGCUGAUACAAGAGAACCUGGUGUUGGGGGUGGGGGAGGGGCGGGGGGGGGUUAGGGGAGGGGGCGUGGUGCUUAGAAAACCCUACCAUUGUCUGCUGAUCUUCGAAGCAAGCCCCAGCCUUCUUGCUCCUCCCCGCCCCCUACUUCCUACCCCAGGAUUUUCCGAGACCCUGGCCUGCUGGGGAGGGGCCCAUCUGUGUUAGGCUGAGUACACAUAAGAUUCAAUCAAUACAGAGGCGUCUUCAAACAAACAGCUCAGGAAGUCCGGGAACAUUAUUUCGACCGCAGCAAACAAGUGAGCCAGCAGGAAGGGGGGUGGCGGUGACACCAGCCAGGGAAGCUAAAAACAGAUCCAGACCUGCAGCCCAAGGCAAAUGGAAACAUUAGGAGGCACUCAGCUGGCUCCCAGAGGACAAUGAGGGGGGACGUGGCCAGGAUGGCAGGCUGGGGGGGGGGGGGGCAGGGGGGGGCGCCUCCGGCCACGUGGGCACACCUUGGCCCGGGCUGUGCCCUCCGCCUGGCGUGCCCUCUCCUCUUCUCCCCAAACCCUGCCUGAUUCAAAUUCCCGUCAACUCCUACCCCCUUGGUUCUUCAAAACACGCUGUAAGAGGGAUGGCCCCCGGGGGUCCUGCCUCCCAGCAAAGUGACGGCCCUAAUGAGCGUAGUUAACGUGUUAAUGUUAACGUGUGUCUGAAUUGCUGGGCACCCGGCCCUGUGUUUCGUGCAUUAAUUUUGACGGUCAUGAAGGCCCCGUGAGGUGGGUACUGUUGUGAUUCCUGCCAUAAAGCACGGGACACCGAGCCUCGGAGAUGUGGAGGCCAUCGGCUCAAAAUGACAGCGUCAGGAAUGGAUCCCAGGCCCGCGGCUCGAGACUCCAGACUCCGUCCUCCACUCCUGUGGGCCUCUCUUCCCUUGUCUGUGAAAUGGGCAUCAUGGCAGAGGCCAGUGGCAAUGUGGGUACGGUUUGCGUGUGCUGUUCUCUGUCUGAGAAACCCAGCCCUAGGCAGCAAGAUCGUCAUUCGGCGGGACCCUGGCCCCUUGCUGGCCACUGGGGACCUCUCCCGUCCUCGCUGUCUCCACGUGGAGAAUGGCAAUCAGCCCGGCGUGGGCCCCACAGGUCCCGAUGAAGUCAGCAAGCCUGGGUUACAUAACCUGGAACAUACCCCUCCCUGACCUCUCCGAAGCCCCCACUAAUUCCCCCAGGGCUCCAAGAAAAAGCCAACAUACCCUCCACAGCUCACAGGGCCUGGAGACCUGACCCGUCUCCACCUCUCUGACCUCCUACCAUCCCCCCCAAUUCCUUUUCAGCAACAGGGGACUACUGCUGUCCUAACAGGCCAUAAGCCCACCACCCACCACAGGACCUCUGCCUACAUUCUUGUCACACUCAGCCUUGUGUUCCAUCGCCCUCCUUCUAAGAGGUUUUCCCCAGCCGCCCCCCACUCCCCCCAGGCCUAUUCCAGUUCCCUGAAGGUCACUUAAUACUCUGUGGAUAGUUCCUUGUUCAUGCAUUGAUUACUCAUGGUAAGUCUUUUGCUCGGUAAAUUUAUCAGCGGCCUGAGGACAGAGAUUUUGCCUGCCUGGUUCAUGGCUGUCUCUUCGGAGCCUAGAAGGGUGCCUGGCCCCACACUGUAGACGCUCCGGGAAUGCUUGUGAGAUGGAUGGAUGGACGGAUGGAUGGAUGGAUGGAUAGAUGGAAAGAUGAAUGGAUGGAUGGGUGAGUGGAAAGGAGGGAGGGAGAGAGGGAGGAUGGAUGGAUGGAAGGAUGGAUGAAUGGACGGACGGACAGAACUUCCUACUCGAGCCAGAGGUGCUAGGGAAAAAAACAGCAUGGACAAGGACGAGACUGUUGGGCUGUCCCUCCCUCCUCCUGGCCCCAGCCACCCAUGUGUUACCACCAUCGGGGCCUAUGAAAUGACAGUUCGCUGCAGCUCGGCUGUGACACUUCUUAAUCUCCUCCCCUCCAGGUACCUCUGGCCCUCCCCAGACUUCAGGGCCCUCUACCCUUGCCAAGAAUUAAGACUGUGGCCUUAGCCCCAUGGGAAAUCACCUCCAGCCCUCAGGCCAGGGAGGGAGCCACAGGAAACUCCUAAAGGAAAAGUCACCCCUCCGGCUGCCCCCGUGGGGCCCGUGAUCGCUGCCCAGGCAUGGGGGCCGGGCACCACACGUGCUGCUAAAGGGAGCCCCAGGGGCUGCAAGGGGUUUGUGAAUAAUAAACUGCCAAGCCUGG